AUAAAUUGCUAACAUACUAAUUAGCUAAUUUGCCAACAUAACAGCAAACAUUAAAUCAGCAAAUGGCUACCUAAUGAAGUUGCUUGUAUAACUAAAAAACCAACAUACUAACAUGCUGACUAGUGAGCUCAGUUGUUCAUAUAACUAAAGAGCUAACUUACAUGCUAACUGGUGAGCAAAGUUGAUCACAUUUGAUUUCACUUUCAUCAUAAUUACAUGAAUAAAACACAAUCUUGCCAACAUUGGAAAUACAAUAGGUUUCUAUUGUGACCAAACUGUCACAUAACUUGCACCCCUUCAGUUCCUCAAAAAGUGAGUUUAAUUUGGUGUCUUUGCCCUUUCAUUCGCAAACAAGACUGAUCAUCUUUCUGUGCCACCCAAGUAGUGUGCACAGUUUUUGACACCAGGCAGGCGAGUGAUGCUGGUGAGCUUAGCACUUAGGCUCUCAAAUGUCUCAUAGGCUGAGCAAUGCCAAGCUCCCUCCCCAAACACUUGACCCAUGCUGACGCAGUCUAUCCAUUUACUUUUAGGUCCGCGGGCUCACUGCAAUCCCAAUAGUGUGGGCAGCAGGAGGCACCAGGAAUAUUGCACGAGAGAACUACAGCUUCACUGGAUGGUUUAUUGCAUGUUUAUUUUUAGGUUCUUCACUGAUCUUUUGCAGUCGAGAUUGCUUGUGACAGAUCCUUUCCAACCCUUUAAUCCUUUUUUUCCGGCGUGUUGAUUGACAAGUUUGCACACCUGACGGGAGCACUGAAGGGUAGCGCUGGCUCCAAUCGUUACAGACGUCUUUCCGUCUGUUUCACGGACGUUACCGAUUGCCCAAUUGUCUCGAGUUGGUGUCUUGACGUGAUUUUUUUUUCACUGCAAGAGCCAUGACUUCCUUUAUGAAGACAACCGGUCUGGGUAAGCGGGUGGGCGAAAGCAGCAGUUUUGACCUCAUCCAAAAUCGAAUCGAAUCUUUGAGUGGCAAGAUGGACAAGCUCAUCAACCUUCAAGAGAAAGUCCUUGUCCGGCUUGAUGCCAAGUCCAGUGGUAUUGAAAAGGAAGAGAAGGAGUAUGUCAAGAGCCACAUCUCACGUGGGGAAGUCUCCCAGUCGCAGGGACGAGACGUCAAAGACAUAUACCAGGAAAUGAGCACCAUCAUGUUGGCGGUCAAUCACAGGUCUGAGAUUCAAGCUCAGAAGCUGGAGGGAAUGGAGAAACUGGUCCUCAGCAUGCAGCAGGUGAUCAGCUUCAUCGGAGAGACGAUCAAGAGCUCCAGGGUUAUGGAGCUCAUGUUCAAAGGUCCCGGUGACAACAAGGGAAACAAAGGAAAGCAAGUCUCAAAGAGGAAAUCAUCAGACACAAUAAAAAAGUCAGACAAGAAAACUACCUCUAACAAAGCCAAAAAAGGGAAUGAAGACAUAACUGCUGUUUGCGAGCCCGCUACUCUCCUGUCAUCUCACAGGACAAAGCUCCACGGACCAAAGCGUUACCUCGCCACUCGCAAAUAUGGAACUUUUUUCAACGACCACAGUAACGAUGGCGCAGAGAGGCCCGGUUUGACCCCCAAAGCCCAAAAGACGAUGAACCCCCCAGACACUGCAGGUGUCUCACUGAAGAAGCAGGCACUGCUUCGAGAAGAGGUGCAGAAACUCAACAGGGAGAACGCAGAGAAGUCAACUCAGCAGUUUAGCGCCGUGUUUUUGAAUCUGGAAGCUGACGUCCCAACAGGCAGUGAUUCCCGAAGCUAUCAAGAGGCGGGGCUUGGUGCUGGAGAGGAUGAGGAAAAUGAUCCUGAUGAAGACGUGUAUGUUACUGAGGAGGUGGUUGAAGUGCAGGAGGUGGUUGAGGUAGUUCAAGAGGAAGAGGAUGAGAAAGCACUAAAGGAGGAUGAGGUGGAAGAAGUGGUGAAAGAAGUGAUAGAAGAGGUGGAGGAACUCACAAUAGAAGAAUCACAAACGUCCGAGUCUGACAAUCCAACAGAUCCAAGCAGGGACGAUUGUGAAGCCACCUUCCUGGACACCCAAAUGGAGGUCAGCGUUACCGCCACCGCCUCCUUUCAGACUGAAGAACUGGUGGUGGUGGAGGAAUACACUGAGGUCCUAGAAGUGGAGAAGGACGAGGACAAGGAGGAGCAGGAAGACUGGGCCGUCUUCCAGGCGGACGGCGUUGAGUUCCAAUUUGAUCUGAAAGAGAGGUUGGCGCGGGAGAAGAAAGAAAACAAAGCCAAGCCCGAGGAACAAAAGGAGCCCGGGGAUGAAGUGCAAUACUUUAUUGACAGCACUCCUCCGCCGGCAGCGCCGUUUAAUCACCGCAUCGUGUCGGCCAAGCCCAACCAGAUCAGCAACUUCUACACCAUCAAUUGGCAGGAGGUCUUGGGCGGGGGCCGUUUUGGUCAAGUGCACAAAUGUGUUGAAAACUCAUCUGGUCUGACGUUAGCAGCCAAAGUCAUCAAGGCCAAGUCCCAGAAAGAAAAGGAGCUGGUGAAAAACGAGAUCCAGGUUAUGAACAAUCUGGACCACGCCAACCUGAUCCAGCUAUACGCGGCAUAUGAGUCCAGGAAUGACAUCAUCCUCGUGCUCGAAUACGUGGGUGGAGGCGAGCUGUUUGACAGGAUAAUUGAUGAAAACUACACGUUAAUGGAGCUGGAUGCUGUGGUGUUCAUCAGGCAGAUCUGUGAGGGCCUGCAGCAUAUGCACAAAAUGUACAUCAUCCAUUUGGACUUAAAGCCAGAAAACAUCCUAUGCGUAAGCAGGGUCACGAAUAAAAUCAAGAUCAUCGACUUUGGUCUCGCUAGGAUAUACAAACCGAGGGAGAAGCUGCGAGUCAAUUUCGGGACUCCAGAGUUUCUGGCCCCUGAAGUGAUCAACUAUGACUUUGUGUCAUUUAACACAGACAUGUGGAGCCUUGGUGUCAUCACAUACAUGCUUCUGAGCGGCCUCUGUCCUUUCCUGGGCGAUGACGACAACGAGACGCUCAACAACAUCUUGGCCUGCCAGUGCAACUUUGAAGAGCAAGAGUUUGUGGACACGUCCGAAGAGGCCAAAGACUUCAUCAGCCGGCUACUUGUCAUCAAUAAAAGUUGGAGGAUGGGAGCGUCCGAGGCCCUGAGACAUCCCUGGCUGUCUGACGCGGGCCUUCAUCAUAAACUUCAUACCAAGAAAACCAUGUGCCGAUCUCGCCGGUCAUCAUGUGUGCCCCCAACAGACAGUUGAGCAGGUGGCAGACCGGAGCCCUUCCUGCUGUGUGCACACCUGCUGCCAAUUUUGUCAUUAGGGAGCCAUGUAUUUUAAGGACCAACAAACUUUCAGCAGUUUGUCGGAGUAUUGUUGACCUUGCUACUGCUGUUGCGCAAGUGAUCAUUGUUCUAGACCUCUCGCUAUUGUCGUGUUUGUUCUGGUUCUCUGGGUUCGAUGUUUUUGUAAGUACAGUCUUAGUUUCGUUUUUGUUCUUGCUUCACGUGAAGUGGGUUCUUGGUAUUUCGUUUUAGUCUCGGGUUAUUUUCUUCCUUGCCUUUUGCAAGCACUUUUGGUUAUAGUGUUGUUUUUAUUUCCCUGGUCAUUAUUUCACCAGUGAUUUCUGU